GUAAAACACUAUUUAAUCCUAACGAAAAGUUAUUUUUAUAAUUAAUUUAAACACUAAAUGACAACUUCCUUGAUGAAAGAGACGAGGAUCCUGGACAAUUUCAUCGAGUCUCUCAAGCAGAAGAAUGCCCUACCGGAGGAUGAUAUCAGGUUUCUUUGUAACAAAGCAAAGGAGAUCUUCAGUGAAGAAGAGAACAUUGUAAACGUCCCUGCACCAGUCACUAUCUGUGGUGAUGUUCAUGGUCAAUUUCAAGACCUUGUUGAGUUAUUCAGAAUUGGUGGGGACCUCCCAGAGACAAAUUAUCUCUUCAUGGGUGACUACAUUGAUAGAGGUUAUUACUCAGUCGAGACCAUUUCGCUAUUGCUUGCCUUUAAAAUCAGGUAUAAGGACAGAAUUACUAUCCUCAGAGGCAACCAUGAGUGCAAACAGGUGUCUCAGGUCUAUGGAUUUUAUGAUGAAUGCAUCAGGAAAUAUCAAAAUCCGAAUGUCUGGAAAAUGUUUUGUGAUGUAUUCGACUAUAUGCCACUCACUGCUCUAGUUGAGGACCAAAUCUUUUGCACACACGGUGGACUCUCCCCAAGUAUCGAUACUCUAGAUCAAAUCAAAAGUCUUGAUAGGAUCCAAGAAACACCUCAUGAAGGACCAAUGACAGACUUACUUUGGUCUGAUCCUGAUGAUAGAUGUGGAUGGGGGAUUUCCAUAAGAGGCGCAGGCUAUCACUUUGGUCAAGAUAUAUCAGAACAAUGGAACCAUGCUAAUGGGCUCAAGCUUACAGCCAGAGCUCACCAACUUGUUAUGAAUGGUUACACUUGGACUCAUGAUAGAAAUAUUGUUACCAUUUUCUCCGCACCUAACUAUUGCUACCGCUGUGGGAAUGAUGCUGCAAUUAUGGAAAUAAAUGAGCAUCUUAGGUACUCAUUCCUCCAAUUUGAGCCUGCUCCUCAAACAGAGAAGAUCCCUGAGUCUGAAAAGAGGACUCCAGACUAUUUUCUAUAAUCAGUGAAUUUACCUUUUGGUCAAAUUUAAUUCAACUAAAGUUU